AUGGCAUUCUUCUGGCUUCUCUCCUGCUUUGCCUUCAUUGGAUUCAGUUAUGGCUGUGGCACUCCUGCCAUCUCUCCUGUCGUCACUGGCUAUGCUCGAAUUGUCAAUGGUGAAGAAGCUGUUCCAGGAUCCUGGCCAUGGCAGGUGUCCUUACAGACUGAUUCUGGCUGGCAUUUCUGUGGUGGCUCUUUGAUCAAUGAAAACUGGGUUGUCACUGCUGCACAUUGUGAAGUGAGUACUGCAGAUUUUGUCAUUGUUGGUGCCCAUGACAAAAGUUUAACAACAGAAUUGAGCCAAAAAUCAAUGUCCAUUGCCAAGGUCGUUACUCAUCCCAAGUGGAACCCUUAUUACAUUAACUAUGACGUUGCUGUGGUGAAGCUUGCAUCCCCUGCUCAAUUCAAUCGACAUGUAUCCUCAGUCUGUCUCGCUGCUGUAGCAGAUUACUUCCCAGCUGGCAUGAAAUGUGUCACAACUGGAUGGGGAAGGACCCCUCCUGAGCGCCCAGAUACACUACAGCAAGCAGCCCUCCCUCUCCUUACCAAUGCUCAGUGUAAGCAGUACUGGGGUAACAAGAUCACGGACAUCAUGAUCUGUGCUGGUGCCUCAGGAGCGUCCUCUUGCAUGGGUGACUCUGGUGGACCUCUUGUCUGUCAGAAGGACAAUGUCUGGAAUCUGGUUGGCAUCGUUUCUUGGGGCAGUAGCUCCUGUUCCACCUACGUGCCUGGGGUCUAUGCCCGCGUAACUGAACUCAGAGGAUGGAUUGAAGAGACCAUUGCCACAAUCUGA